AUGUUUUUUAAUAUUUUUUCAAAAACAAAACUUCAGCAACCACAAAAUAAACUUCUUUGUUUUUCAUACCGUCAUUACAAUUAUUUUGGAUAUUUUUUUCAAAAAAUAUAUACUCAACAACGCCAUACAGGCAUAUUUUUGCGUCGUUUUGCAACCGUAGUAGAAUCUUUAAGCAAAGACACACGAGGAAAAAGAGCACCUUCUAUUAAAAAAUAUCGUCCAACUACUCCUGGAAGACGCUGGCUUCGACGCCCGUUAAAUGAUCACCUUUGGAAAGGAGGCCCAAUACGAUUUUUAACGGUUGCAAAACGUCAACAUGGUGGACGCAACAAUCAUGGAAGAAUUACUGUACGACAUAUCGGAGGAGGACAUAAGCAACGUAUUCGAGUUGUUGAUUUUGUACGAAAAACACCAGGACCACAUCUUGUUGUACGUAUUGAAUAUGAUCCAGGACGCAGUGGACAUAUUGCAUUGAUUAAAAAUUUAAAAACAGAAAAGCUCUCAUACAUUUUAGCAGCAGAUGGACUUCGUGCUGGUGAUACUGUUGAAAGUUAUCGAACAGGUCCAAAUUCACCAGAAGAAUGUUCAGGUAAAAUAGACUCUGGUAUUUUUGCUGCAAAAGCUAUCCAACGUGGAAAUUGUCUUCCUUUAUCAAUGAUCCCAGUAGGAACAAUUAUUUUUGCCCUAACAACAAGCAAAUAUGGGCCCGCAAAAUUCUGUAGGAGUGCAGGUACAUAUGCACAACUGCUUUCUACUGGAGAUAAGGGCUAUGCCAUUGUAAAACUACAAAGUGGAGAACUACGUAAAAUACAUGUUAAUUCGGCUGCUACAAUCGGUGUUGCAAGCAAUGUAGAUUGGAAGCACCGGAAAUUAGGAAAAGCAGGACGAUCUCGAUGGUUAGGUAUUCGACCAACAGUCCGUGGAGUAGCAAUGAAUCCUUGUGAUCAUCCUCAUGGUGGCGGACGUGGCAAAAGUAAAGGUAAUCGGCAACCAUGUAGUCCAUGGGGAAAACUAGCCAAAGGCAAAAAGACGCGAGUAAGACUUAAUCCAUUGGUUAUCAAGGGGCGUCCUCGGUAA